CCUGCCGACGACAGUUGUCUACUCUACUCGUUCGCCGUCGCCGUCGUCGCUCGUCAAGUCGUCCGUCCGUCACUAGCGGAUACACGACUCUGCCCAUGCGCGUUGGCAUUUUUCGGCAGGUCGCACACGUCUUGUGCCGAUCGGCGAUCGCCAUUUAUAGUCAUUUCAUUUUCCGACUUCGGUCGCGUCUCGACUCCCUGCCCGCCGCACGCUUGUUGGUCGUCGUUCACGUCUCGUGGCUAACACAAAACCGUGUGUCGUUGUUGUUGUUCAUACCGUAUUUUAGUUUUUCAUAUUUUCGCGGCCCGUCCCGUUGACGCGACGACGUUCAGCGGUCGUCGUUUCACUCGCGCCACUCGUUCCUCCGACGUCGACGCCAGAGUACGGAGGUGCAACAUCUUAGUCGGACAGGAAUAUCGCCGUCGCCGCCGCCGUCAUGCACGUGCUAGUUAGGAUGAUGAGCUCCGGCAGGGGGGUCGUGAUACCCACGUCCAGGACGACGAAGAUCAGCUUACUGAAAUCGCUCAUCGAGAAGAAGCUUAACGUCAAACCGGAAACUCAACGACUGUUCUUCGCCGGCAAACAGCUGGAAAACCAGUAUAGCCUCUUCGAUUAUAGUAUUAAUAUAAACGAUUGUAUACAGUUGACAAUCGUAUCUGUUUCUGAAGAAACUAAAACUAUUGAAGAACCAACGUUGAAGCUUUCUAAGAAUUUGAAAAAGAAAACAUCUAUUCCAAGUUGUGCAUCAGACACUAAUGAAAAAACAAAAAAAGAUGAUUUAGAUGAUAUAUCUGAAGAAAGCAAGUAUUUUAAAUUGGGCGAUUAUGUUGAUAUCAGAGAUUAUGAGUAUGGCGUGUGGUACAUGGGUAAAAUAGUGAAGAUUAAAAAAGAUAAUUCUUCAGAAAUUGAACCAACUUCCUCCUCUGAUAAUCUAGAGGAUGAUGGGCUUAUUUAUUUUGUAGAGGAUGCAGGAUGUACUACUAAUCCACCCACUAAAGCUAAAUUGAAAGAAAUAAGACCAUAUUCUAUUGAUAUCCUGCCAUUUGAUCAAUUAAAAAUCAAUGAUAAAGUUCUUAUGAAUUAUAACCAAGAUUAUCCCAAAGAACGUGGCUAUUGGUAUGACGUAUUAGUGAAACAGAUAAUAGUCAAUAGACGAAUUCGUGAAGUAGUAGGAAAUAUUACUAUUGGAUCGAAUAAGGCAGUGUUGGAUAAUUGUCGUUUAAAGUUUGUUGAUGAUAUUUUCAUAAUAAAACCAUACAAGCUAGUUGCAGAAAGAAGUAAAGAUGAAGAUACUUUCAUGCAAACAAAGCCUUCUAUAGAAAGAGCUACAGCUUUAAGUUGCGCUAGAUGCAAAGACAACAAAAAUAAACUGUGUGUAUACUGCGCGUGUAGUGUUUGUGGUGGCAAGGAAGAUGAGAAUAAACAGUUAUUGUGUGAUGAAUGUGAUAACAGUUUUCAUAUAGGCUGCCUUACACCGCCUAUGACAGAGAUUCCAGAUGUUGACUAUUGGUAUUGUCCAACAUGCAAAGUUGAUGAUGACGAAAUUGUAAAAGCUGGUGGAAAAUUAAAGGCCUCAAAAAAAAAGACAUUAGCCUCAACAUCAACACGUGAUUGGGGCAAAGGAAUGGCGUGUGUUGGAAGAACAAAGAAAUGUAACAUUGUUCCACCAAACCAUUUUGGUCCCAUUCCGGGUGUUGAAGUUGGCACUACAUGGUUAUUUCGUGUUCAAGUAUCUGAAAGUGGUAUUCACCGUCCUCCAGUUGGAGGAAUACACGGGCGUGACAAUCAAGGUGCAUUUAGUAUCGUAUUAAGUGGUGGUUAUGAAGAUGACAUUGACAAUGGUGAAGAAUUCAUGUAUACCGGUUCAGGUGGAAGAGAUCUGUCUGGAAAUAAACGCACUGCUCUGCAAAGUUGUGACCAAGAACUGACACGCUAUAACAGGGCUUUAGCUCUCAACUGUAAUGCAGAUAUCAAUAAUAAAGAAGGAGCAACAGCUGUGGAUUGGAAAAAAGGCAAACCAGUUAGAGUUGUACGAAAUUAUAAACUUCGUAAGCAUUCAGAAUAUGCACCGGAAGUAGGCAAUCGCUAUGAUGGUCUUUAUAAAGUUACAAAGUAUUAUCCAGAAACUGGAAUAUCUGGAUUUGUUGUUUGGCGUUUUGUAUUAAAACGAGAUGAUCCUAUACCAGCUCCUUGGACCGCAAAAGGCAAAAAGCGUAUAGUUCAACUAGGUCUUGAAAUAAUUUAUCCUGAAAAUUAUAUACCUCCUACUGAGCUUGAUAAUGAAAAAUCAGAUGUACCCGGUUCUAAAAGGAAAAGAACACUUCAAGACGACACUAAUAUAGAAAACAAUGAGUUAAAUGAAAAUGUACCAAAAAAAAAAGAUGAAAAGAAAGCAAAAAUGCAUUAUAAACUGGAAAAUGAAGCAGAAGAAUUAAUCGCAGCUGACUCUGCCAAUAAAAAAUAUUGGGAUGAUUGUAAGGCCUUGUUAAAAGACGGCAAAAAAGCAUUUUUGGAUAGAAUUGAAGAAACUUUUAUGUGUAUUUGUUGUCAAGAUAUUGUCUUUGAACCAAUUACAUUAGAAUGUGCUCACAACAUUUGUAAAGGAUGUUUGAAAAGAUCGUUCAGAUCUGAGGUGUACCAAUGCCCAGCAUGUAGAGCUGAAUUGGGAAAAACUUACUCUAUGAAGAUCAAUAUUACAUUAGCUAAUACUCUUUCGUAUUUCUUCCCGGGAUAUACUGCGGGUCGUUAAUAAUAUUGUUUUAAUUACUUGUACAAACAACAUUUAUUACAAAAUAUGGCAGUAUACAUUUAUUUUUAUUUUUAUUAUUAUUUUUCUCAGCAAGAUCUCUUUGGAUAGAACAGAAUUUUAUUUAAAUUUAUUUUGCAACUUUAAUUAUUCAUACAUUUAUAUAUAUCUAAUUAUACUUGGAGGUUAAGUAACUCUUAAAAAAAAAAAAAAAAACAUUUUGUAUUCAUGGUUUUCAGUUUUUGUAACACAUUCAAAGUUUAUUGAUGAUUUUUAUUUGUGAAUUACAUUUUUUUUCGAUAAAUAUAUUUUUUGAAGACUA